AUGCCAAGCCAGCGGGUAUCCCCUUACCCAAUAAGUUCCGCAGCACACCUUCACCCGGAAAAUAUCAAAGAGUCACAAAGUGCAUUCCUUAGCCCGUCAUCCACUCGUUCGGUCGUCCCCUGCUCACACCAAAAUCCCGAAACUCCUGGCCAUACCUACGACACCACAAGCAGCCAGUCCUGGGAUAAAAGUAAACGCUCGGAAACCCAUAUAAUACGCGAGGCAAAACAAUCCCAAUCAAGUUCCACGAGUAUUUUAACCCAGUUACCUCUACAGUUACGGAAAGUCUUACUCAACAUUAACGAAGGCGCCACAUCCGAAAACCGCAGUCCAGUGCAAGAGUCUCAGAGCCAGGGACAUACUCCUGGUGAAGCUUCAUGCUUCGAAAUACAUCAUCCGAACCCUAUCUCACCUCCAAAUCACGAAUGUGAUUGGAAAGAUCGAUAUUCGGCAUUAGCGGCUGAAAUUCGCCUAUUGAAAGCAGAGCUAUCCACUAGGGUUUCUCUCGGGGGGGCAGAUAUCGAACAAGCUGUUGAUAAUGCAACUAAUGAAGAUGACGACCUAGGGAUCCAGGGGGUGACGAUUAUCCUGCACAUGAAGGGGAAGGACGACUUGGUUAUCAAUACCGACCUAACGGAGGAUGUAGAAUGA